AUGUUUCGGCUUUUGGCGUUUGGUGUGAAACUGUGAACGGAAAUAUGUCGAAAAUCGUUGCAUUUUACUGACAUGUACAUCCACAUAAACAACCUAAACACACAUUGAAGGCUUAUUUAUGAGAUGUUAAUAUCAAGGAAAGGUUCCAAAAUAUUUAAAUUAUACUCGUAAAAUAUCGAAAUGUACGGAAACGUGCAUUUUGCCGUCAUCUCUGGCGUAUGUGCCUCAACGGGCAGUGUUUUUGGAAAGUUAUCUGGGUUGCCUAACUUUGAGGGAUUAUAUGUAUUGAAAAUUGCAUUUUUUGUUCUUAUGCUAUUAUUCAAUACUGCUUGUAUGACGUUUUUUGUAAAAGCUUUGCAACAAAGCCUUUCCUUGAAAGCAACAUUGAUUAGUUCAUCUACUAAUUACGUUUUUACGGCUCUUGCUGGAUUCAUUAUAUUUCAAGAAACGACAUCUCUGCUGUGGUGGUCAGGCAUAAGUCUUAUAAUUUUAGGCUUGAUCCUAAUAGUAUCAGAAAGAUCCGAUGUUAAUUCCACGAAAGUUGGUAAAACGAAAAUAAAUUAAAACAAAAUAUUUUAGUUGGUCAUAAUUCUCAUUAUAAAAUGGAUUUACAACAUGGAAAUUAAAGAGCAAUAGAAUUUCACUUUAAUUCAAUUUUAUAUUUUACACCGAUUUUUUAUUUAAAUAAAGUACGA